AUGGCAGCGCUGAUAAAACUAAGGCAUAUGCCUAUGAUACAGCGAUCUCUUUGGAAUCAUUUAGCUAAAAGUAGUCGCGCUAUUUCUACGUCCAAGAAGAACAGCGAUAGCGCUGCCACUGUCAGUGAAACUAAAACCGAAGAUAAAAACUGGGUAAGCUAUGGGUUUGACUACACUAGUAAGGAAGAUGAUACAAAUGCUCAUCAUGCAUCUUACUUCUUUACUAUAAGCUUAUGCAUUGUAUUUGGUGGUUUCUUUUGGGCAUACUAUCCUGAUAUUCAUCUGAAAGACUGGUCGCAAAGAGAAGCCUACCUGGAAUUGUACAGACGUGAGAAGGCUGGCUUAAAACCAAUUGAUCCAAAUUAUGUUAAUCCUAAAACCAUAAAGCUUCCAGCUGAAAGCGAUUUAUGUGAUGUUGAAAUUAUCAUUUAA